AUGAACUCGAAGCCAGUAGGCACUGCUCUUACGUCUCACCAGCUCUCACUCUCUCCCCCACCAUCCGCGGGUUACCAAUCCGCAUACCGCACCCAAAACAAUUCCUCUUACAACCAAUACUCUGCCUCAACUUGCCCUUCCUCUCGCUCGUCCCCAGAUUCGUCUUCCGCCUUCGCAAAUCAAAAUAGUCUUCAUCCGACCACCAACAGUUAUGUUUCCAAUGAUACAUUACCCUGUAGCCGUGGCGCGAGUCCGCCCGAUCAGCAGGACGCGGAUGAGCAUAUACCACCAACUAAACGACUUCGUACAACUACUUUCUUCUCUCAAAUCGACAGCCGCAAUUCAGACAAGCCGUCACACCUCGUGCUUACCCCGUCCCACUUUGCAAUUUCAGCCCAAGAUGUAUAUCGCGGUGUAUCGGGGGCCGAAGAUACAAAGGCCUUGCCUCCUAUAAUGACUCGAGAAGAACAAGCUCAAGGAACAGGGCAUGCGGACAACAGGUUGCCCCUUAUUCGACCCGGUUUCAACAGCGAGAGACACCACAAUCUUCAUUCUACUCCGGGCAGUGACGAUGCUCAUGAAAAUUCGCUAUCGUCGCAUAAACCCACUGAUCAAAAUUCUAAUCCUACCCAGCCGCAGAGCUAUAAGCCUCGAAUUAGUCCUUCAUUCUUCUCCGUCGAACCAGUGUAUCUUUCUGCUCAACUUGAUCGACAAUUUUCACAGUCCCCAAGUGUUCCGACAAAUCCAGUUUCAGCGAAGCAGUCGGCAAGCUCUGAACACCCUUCAUUCGUUCAACUUGAACAUCAGCAUGGGUCUGCUGCCUCUCAUCCCGCCAGCCCCCUUGUGUUAUCAAGUCACCAUCCACAGCCUCUCCUUUCGGCUCAUCCUGCUGGGUAUAUGCCUUCCUUGCCAUCCCCGGUUGGUACUACCAAUGCUCACCACUCCCAGCAUGCCCUUCAUCAUCGUGCCUCUUACCCUGGCUCUCCGUCCAUGACGAUCACACCAAGCUCGGCAACUUUCUCGCCGAAUACAACUACCGCGUUCGGCCGGAUAUCACCCCCUACUGUUCAUGAGCCUUCCUCACCGGCGUAUUGCACUUCUGCCAGCGCGUUUCCUCAUCACGCUGCUGCACAUCUCAUGGGGUCUCCGUACCCUGCCAGUGGUACCGCGACACUCGGAAAUCAGACCGGCGUUUCCUCGGGCAACCGUUCGGUCUCACAACCGUCGUUGACCGCUGCCGAUGCUUCCAAAAGCGAUGGAGGUCGAUGGGCCACCUCUGAUGGGCAAGCACCCCGUCGGCGUGGAAAGCUUCCGCAAGCAGUCACUGCUUUGCUUCGCAAUUGGUUGAUGUCUCACACGAGCCACCCUUAUCCGACAGAGGAAGAGAAGAAGUUUCUGUGCGAGCAGACUGCUCUUAAUAUGAACCAAGUCAGCAACUGGUUCAUCAAUGCACGUCGCCGAAUCCUCGUGCCACCCACAGGCUGUAACUCGACCCACCAGGUGCGACAGCCCAUUCGCAGACAGGCUCAAACCCAACUGGCGCGUGCCGCUGCUGAUGCGGCGGUAGGGAUGGCGCACAGUUUACCUUCCCCAUCUCCCACCUUUCCCUCGGGAGCUUUUGACUUCCGCGGUCCGCACUUUGCCAAUCCUCGCAGUCCUCAUGGAGCUAUAAGCCGUUCGCCAACCUCGCCGGUUACUGGGCAAUACGCAACGUAUCCAUCCUCCUACCAGAUGUCCUCUUCAUCAGCACCAGCGACCCCUCAAUAUGGCUCAUCACCCUACCCAUCUUAUCAAGCUUAUUACCAUCCGACACCCGCAUAUGCCCAUUUGAACGCGAGUUCUAGACUUCCUUCACCUCGCUCGCAGCCGAACACCCCUGGCUACCCCCCACCGCAAAUUGUCUGCCACGCGCCUGAGAGCCAAGAAGCUUAUUCUCGCCCAGUCGCAGUGCAUCCCCCCGAACACCCUGAUACACGUCCGGGCUCCACGGAUAUGCCGAGUUCCCUCAAACUUCCAUGGCAGCACACCCAAUCGCACAUUGAAGAUACCAGCGCGAAUGCCUGCGAGGGUGGUAACUGA